AUGCGCGCUCUUGCCGCAGCGUACGUCAAGCUCUGGUCGGACAUUUUCGCCGCACGCCACGAUAGGCCGCGCCUGUUGAAGCUCCUGCGCGAGGCGACCGCGAGGUUUGUCGCCAUCACCGACGCACCGGGCAACUGCUUCGUCGGCGAGCUGCUCGAGAUAUACCCGGACGCAGAGGUCGUUUGCGUGCGGCGCGACCGCGCGACGUGGUGGAAAAGCUGGGAGUCGGUCACGCAGCAGGCUGGGCAGGGCUUCCUGAACUGGUUCCUUGCGCCGGUGCCGGGCAAGAGGUGGUAUCCGAAGCUCGUUACGCAGUUUCUGGAGCAGGAGGGGAAAUGGGGGCCGAUGACCGAGAGUAAAUGCCCAGAAGCGGAUGGACGAACACAAUGA